AUGACUUUCACAGACAUUGUGCCGAGUGCUUUCGUUCCUAGACCGCUGAAAGUAGUUGUGGUUGGUGCAGGUGUUUCAGGGAUUCAAUUUGCUCAUGAUGUGAAAACUUCAUUAGAGGGUGUUGACCUUCAAAUUUUUGACCGCAAUCCCUGUCUCGGGGGAACGUGGUAUCUCAAUAACUAUCCAGGAUGUACAUGCGACGUGCCAUCUCACACGUACCAGUUUAGCUGGGCACCAAACCCCUUGUGGUCCUCGCUAUACCCUCCAGCGCGUGAAAUCCACCAGUAUCUGGAAGAUGUGGUGGACAAACAUAAUCUUCGACGCUUCAUGAGUUUGAACACAGAGUGUGUCUCUGCAACCUGGGAUGAGAAUUUCUCGAAGUGGGAAAUCGUCACCCGCAAUGUUCUAUCAGCCGAUGAAAAUACCAUCUGGGCUGACGUCUUUGUCUAUGCUGUUGGACGACUCAAUAACUACAAGAUCCCUCAUAUCCCCGGGCAGGACAAAUUCCAAGGGGAACAAGUUCACACAGCAAAUUGGCCGACCAAAAUGAGGGUCAAAGGGAAGCGUGUAGUUGUUAUUGGAAAUGGCGCUAGUAGUGUCCAAUGUACAGCAGCAUUGCAGCCAGUUGCUUCGGAAAUCAUUAAUAUUGCCCGAGGGCCAACAUGGAUUGUGCCGCAUAUUUUCUCCGAAGACGGUGCUGUUCAGCGGCUGUACUCUUCCGAGCACAAGAACGCGCUACAUAAAAGCCCUUCAAAAUACUACGAAUUUCGGAUCGCAUUAGAGAAGAAGCUAGCGUCUGGCUUUACAGGCCUGUGGAAAGGCACCAAGUCUCAAGCUCAGUUCAGUUCAUUGUCAGAGUCUUUCAUGAAGUCGAAAAUUACCGAUAAUAAACUUCUGGAUGCUCUUUUACCGACUUUUGAGGCAGGAUGUCGUCGAUUCACCCCGGGUGGUCAUUAUUUGGAAGCACUGCAAAAGCCAAACGCCGAAUAUUUGAGGGAUUCGAUCGCUGAACUGGCAUAUAAUGGCCUCAUUACAUCAUCUGGGAGGAAGAUUGAGUGCGACAUUAUUGUUUAUGCAACUGGAUUUGAGCCGUAUCGACCUCGAUUCCCUGUAGUUGGCCGUGCGGAACAGUCCCUAUCCAAAGCUUGGGAUCCAGAGGGACCUUGUGAAAGCUAUAUGGCCGCGAUGGUCGCUGGUUUUCCGAAUUUUUUCGACAAAAAUUCCCGCGGAAAGGUUAUCGUUCCAUGGCCUGGUACAGUGCUUCAUUACUAUGCUGCAACAGAGAUUGUGCGUUGGGAAGACUUCGAUUUGGAGUACGAAAAUCCGGCGGAGAAGUAUGCGAGCUUUGGAAACGGGGUGACCACAGAUGGCUUCGUGCCAGAGCAAUUCCCAUGGGUUAUUCCACCAUUUGAGGGACAGCACCUUGAGUUAUCCGAGUAUGACUGGGGUUCAAGGCUGUCCUGGCUGAACGGUAAGAUAUGA